CGGCGCCCUCGCGGCCUUCCUGCUGGGCGGGCGGGCGCCGCCCGCCGCAUUUCGUAUAUUCACCGCCGCGCCAGGAGUUGGCUUCUAUCAUUAUAGACAAGCAUUGGCUGUUGCGCUCCCUCCGGUUGCGCGUCCGGCGCGAAUUGGGAGGCAAGCACACCCGGGCCGCGCCUUGAGCACAGGGGCGCGUUUGGUGCGCUGCCGUUGCCCCCCGGUGCGGGCACGUACUCUCGCGUCGUCGGCCUUGGAUACUGAUAAAUUUUUUGGCAUCAUACGUGAGAAGGACAGAGCGGACACGCUUGGCCGCGCCAUCCUUGGAUGCUGCCACUUUCGUUGUGUUCAUAUCAUUUGUGAGCCUGCGUGGGCCCCACGGCCAGACACGUAUUGAGUUGAUGUUUUUGGAGGGCGAGAGCCUAUUGGUACCCUGCGAGGACGGCUGUAGGUGGCAAGAUGACCGGCGCGGACGGCAGUACAUCGCGGCGCUUCCGAAUGAAUCGCGCAUGAAAUUCAUGUUGUCUUGCUUGGUAUACUUGCUUCAGAAUUUUAGGUGUACCGAACCCGAGAAACAAUGACAAUGCCACAACGACGCAUCUGCACGAAAAGAUGGCAACGUAGUCUGUGAGUCUUGUUGACCACCUAGCGGGUGACAUGUUGCCCCGGGUGAAGGAUCUCCGAGUGCUUCUCUGCGGGUCUUGGGGCACCGCCUCCAGUGCGCUGCGCUUGCCGCUAGACUUCCUUCUUCCAACUAGUAUUUAUUUCCUUGCGUUUUGAUGAUCUUUUCCUUUUCGAAUUUUGCCAAAUUUAUAGAAAUUUCCGUGUCGGAUUCUUCUCUAUGCGCGCAAGAUUCGAGUUUUUUCAUCUUCGCAUGCAAUCAGUCAAAUCCACAGCAGCCUCCCCAACAGCCUCUACUUCGAGUAGUGUUUCCUCGUCCAGCAACCCCGCUUCCCUUUCCCCGGACGCCACACCGCCAGACAGCGCUGCGGCUACGACGGCCUCGAGUCUUACCUUUCCCUCCCUGGACCCACCGGCACUGUUCCAGGAUGGAGAGAGCACCACUUUGGAGAAGGACAGCAGCAAAGCGAGUACGACGGAGGAACAGGCUACAACAUUAGACCAACUGGAGAAAGAGUUCCUCGAUGGAGGCACAUCAUCUUCCUCCGCAGCAAGCGCUGCAACUACCUCAGCGUCCGCUGCCUCCACCGACGGGCAGGAACUCGCCGCCGGAGCUUCCGUGGAACAUCAAUCGGGCGCAGGCGAUUUGAAAUCCGAGGAGGAGGAGGACAGCGGUAACGUUGUCACCAAAGCCAUCGAGGCGGCAGAGGAGGAACAGAAGGCCGCGGACGUGGUGGAGGCGGCCAACCAGAGCCUGCGGAAGUUGCAGAAAAAGCAGCAACUUGCGCUGAAGCAGUCGGCGGAAAACGUGAAGCGGCUGGAAGCGGAAAACGCGAGACUGCACGACGAACUCGCGGACUUAACCGACAAGCUCGCGUCCGCAAAGGAAUCCGAGGAAGCCGCACAGCAGGCCGCGAAACAGACCCGAGAGACCGCGGAAGCGGAGACGCGAGUGGUCGCAGAGGCGGAAAAAGCGGCGGAGAAGGACACGGUGGAAGCGCGGAAAAAGGAGGAGGAGGCAUUGCAGCAGGUGGAGGAGAGGAAGCAGGUAGACUUAGAUGGCAUUAACAGCCAAGAAUUUCUGCUACUUUUUGGCUGAGUUGUUCACAUUGCGGGUUUUCACAGCAUGACAGAACAAUUCUGGUCUUGUUCUGUCUGAAGUUCAGCAGCUGCAGCACAGUAUCUGUAUAAGAAUCAUCAAAAUUGCCCAACAGGAAACCGCCGAGCUGACCAAAACUGCGGAUACGGUUUCGCAGAAACUGGUCACCAACCUCGCCGUGGUGAAGCAGAAUGUCGCAUCGCUCGAGUCUGCGACGGAUAAGAUGCGAGCGGAUAACAAGGAAAACACGGAAAAAGCGGACAAGUACGCGAAAAAGAUCGUCGAAUUAGAGAACGAAGUGGUGAAACUGCAGCAAGAGAGGCUGCCACUGGAGAAAAUCAGCACCAUUGUCACGAAUGCUUUGAAAAAAGAACUGGGGCCGGAGUUGGAGAAGUUGUCCUCGGAGUCGACGGAAGUGGAAACGGAGGCUGAGAACGCAGCGGGGUUGUUAGAAAAAAUGCGGGAAGCGGACGUGAGCAACGCGGAUGCAGUGAGCGUAGCGUUCCAAAAAUUUCGGAAUUCCAGAGCGGACAUUUUGGAGAACGUUCUGGAAUUGACACAGAAAGUUAAUCCAGGUACUAUGUGGUUUUUCGUUUGCAACUUGGAGUAAACUGCUUGCGCAGAAGAUGGUGUUGUACUAAUCCAACGAGAUCCUCUACUAGUAGAAAGUGAAGCUGCAGCAGCGCAUCGCGAAGACACCAAGAAAUCUAUCAAAAUCAGACGCAGCCAAGUCCGUCGCAGAGGAGGCUGCAAUUACGACAGUGGAAAACGCCAAGGCUGCGGAAGAGCGAACUACUACGAGCGAAGCGAAAGAAGCUCCUUCUUUUUUUUUCCCGCUCCUGGGUGGGCACCCGGAAAGUAGUACCACCCCGACUGAUGCCGAAGACAAGGACCACGCCGCGACAAAAUCUGCCGCAGCCCCACCUACCGCUGGCGUUGCCACGUCUGCCGAGCGCAAGAACGAAUCGGGGGACAGUCAGAUGGAAGAAACGGGUCCGGCACCACAGGUGGUUGUGGAACAUCACAAGCAGCAAAUAAAAGCAGAAGACACGCCGGCAGCGAAGAAAAUCGAGAAGGAGCAGCCGCUCUCUCCUACCUCCAUGGAGGAAAAGAAACAGCACGAAAUUGAAAAGCCCACAUCUUCCCCGGUCGCGCUUCUCGCACCGGGCGCGCCGCUGCCGCUCGGGUCCCCAUUGCCACUGAAUUCAAACGGGAGCGGCCGGGCGGGAGAAUUCGUGGAGAUUGUGCCGCCGGUUUCGGAGCAGGGUGCAGCUUCUGCGGCUACGACAGGUGGAGGAGGAGGGAAUGAGAAGCAGGAGAAGAAUUCUAUCACUUCAACGGGCGGAAAGGAUGAAACGAAUAUCGCAUCACGGGAGCAGAUGGAGCCCUUGCCGACACCACGGACGAUCAGAGAUUUGAAUAAAUCUUCGUCGUGAAUAAGAGCAGCGAUGAAGGUGCAGUCGUUUUGUAUGAUUUUCGAAAGUAAGGAAGGAGUAGUUCUCAAGGAACUACUACCUGGUAGUGUCACGAACAAGUUUUGGUAUGAUUUUAAGUCCUCUUUGCUGGUAGCAAUUAGGUUGAGAUUCUGGAUGUUGUUGUAAAAUGGAUGACUCCGAACAAACGGAAAAGGGUAGGAAUGAUGAACAAUGCAACUACACUGACUACAUCAAGAAACUGACGUGUGUACCGAUGCCAUGGCUCCAU